CGCAACGAUUCAUUCCAGCACUUGCUUUAACUGGAGCUGCACUAAUACUCACCAAGGUCUUCUUCAAGCACCGGGUGACAUCUUGCAUCGCGAUAAUGUGUAGUUUUCAUCCCAGCGACCACUGACAUUGGCCUCCCGGUGGCUGUCUGCGGCUUGAAGUUGUCGACGUGGUCGAAGAUGCCGUGGAGAGUCCAGCACGAGACAAAGGGGCACCAGCCGGGGGAUAGCGCGCUCCCCGCGUUUGGAUUGGUGUUGGGUUUGGCUGGUGGUUCGUGUAGCUGGUGGUACUUCGAGUACUGUUGGCCGUCCCUAGCCUUUGAUAGUCGACACAUGGCGUUGGUGGAAAUUGCUGUUGUUGCUGCUGCUGUUGUUGCUGCUGGUGCAUGAACCUCGAGAGCGGGGACGGAGGGUUAAUGCUGUCAUCAAGCAUCACCCCAGCAGGAUUACUAUUCCAAGUUGAAGAGGGCGUGGAUGUUCGCUCGCCAUAGUUGUUGUUAUUGCUGCUGUUUUUGCGCGCUAGCCACUGUCGUCGUUUUUUCUCCCAGUUUUGGUCCCGUUUCGAGGACGUGAGAGGAGGUUGAGAACCCCAGGAUCUCGAGCUGGAACUGGACCGAGUACUCGAACGAGAACUGGGCGUGGAGGACGGAGGACGGCCGCCGUGGAACCCGUUGUUGUUACUGUAGUUCUGGUUAGAGAAACUGUUGUUGUUUUGGGUGGUGGGGUUGUAAGGCGCUGGAUACGUGUACGGCUGUUGCUGGUAUGGUUGCUGUUGGUACGGUUGCUGUCCGUACGGUUGCUGUGGUGGAGCGUAGUUGUUGUAUGGGAUCGGUUCAGGUUGGGACACCGAGUAACCCGAGCAACCAUCGUUGUUGUUAUUGCUGAAGCUGGUAGCCGGAGGUGCGUACCGAUCACUGCUCCUUGGGCGUGAAUACGCAGGCUCUUCCUUGUUAGGGGCUUGCUCGGCUGGUUCAGCUGUCCCAAGACCUCCGCAACCUACAAAAUGUGGAAGAUUUGAGUUAGUUUAAGUUUUUUUAUCAAGAAAUAACCCCACUUUGUUGAGUCCCAACCGAAGGAGAGACUGGAGGCACCACCAGGCGGCGCAUGAAGGCGUGUGGAGCUUCGUUUCACGUGUAGCUGCGCGGACGUGAGCGUCGACAUGAUGCAGUCGCGGUAGCACUAACUUGGCACUGGGUGGGGGCGAGUAAAGAGAUCUGCGGCUCAAUCCAGGACUGCACCCUACUCGUAUUUAUAUCUUAAACCAACGGCAAAAAAUAGUUGGGAGAAACGAGACUCAUCGAUCUCCAGCAGCCUCGCUCUUUCAUUGUGACUCAAGUGCAUGUUGAGGAGAUUCCUGUCUGUGUCAUGGGAAGCCUAUUUGACAUCGCGGCGGGGUUAAGCCAAUAUGAAGAGGGUGCCAAGGACAACAACUCGAAACAGAAAAUACAUCCGCAGUCCGCGCUGGGGAUCCUGGACGAAACAUUCGAGACCAUCUACAGCUCACGACAAUAUCGAUCGACUACUCGAAAUGUGCCUUUGCUUCGAUCAACGAGUAUGGUUCAGCUCCAGCCAACUCGACUAAGCGAGUCUAAGAGUUCUGAUGCACUGGACACACGUCUUCGCCGAUUCGCAAGCUUCAAGUCGCCAACACCAGCAACAGAGAGACGUGUGAGCCCUGCAAUCGCCGUAGCAGGUUUGAUCAUCCCACCGCCACCAGCAGUGCCCCCACCUUUCAACAACGUUACCAAGCAGAACAAACGUCAGGAUCCCGAUGUCACGGCAAAAGCUGUGUUACGUGAAGUUACGAGCGAAAUUGAUCAGUUAAUGGUGACCAGCACAACGUCGACGGAAGAAGAGGAAUCUCAGCUUCGUAUGCUCUCGGAAAAAUACGCCGACUCACGAUUGAGUAAACUACCUGGAACACCAUUUGUACUGCUAGUCCGCAAGAAAGUUGCACAAAAACUCCAACAACUCGAGCAUCAUCUUCACUCUCGCCGGGAAUCGAACAAGAUGGAGAAUGAGAACAACAACUCACCACCUCCCAUUAACAGCAUACCCAGUGUGAAGUCCCUACAAAAACUGACACCAGCGCAGCAGGAAAUGUUACAGAAUCUGCUGCGGUUACCCGAAAAGCAGCUACUCAAGUUGCCAAAAGCCCAGCUCGAGCUCGUUCAGUUUGCCAAGCGAUUCGACAAACUCGUCAAAGCUACACCCGAUCAACUGCAACAUUUACCGAUUGAACACCAACAACUUGUGCAAUUUUUGCAGAGACAACAGAAACAACUCCGUACUGAUGAAUGCCGUUAGAAUUUUAAACCAGUGUAGCUAUACUUAAGCAAUCUUGUGAAAAAG